CUCCAUCUUAUAAAAGCUGCACCCUUCACUGUGUCCAGGAUCAGAGACACCUUGUCCUCCUCAGGCUGUCCAUUCUCUAUCUGGUGAAUACUCAGCAGAAAGGACACACCGCUUGGACAUACAUAGAGGAACAUCUGAGGAAGCCCUGAAACUCAACCUGGGAACGUCUUGGACAAAUCGACUGACUCAAACCAUGAAGUCCCGGCGGCCCAGCUGCACUGACUCUGGAUCCGAGUCCUCAGAGAUGGAUUCCAUGAGCCCGGAGAAGUAUGAGCCCACCUCAAGGCGACGGAUGGCUGCCAAUGCCAGAGAGAGGAAGAGGAUGCAGGGUUUGAACACAGCCUUCGACUGCUUACGUAAAGUGGUCCCCCAGUGGAGCCAGGACAAAAAACUGUCCAAGUAUGAAACCCUGCAGAUGGCCCUCAGCUACAUCAUGGCCUUGAACCGGAUCCUGACAGAUGCCAGGAGGCACGCCGCUCCUCACAGGCAGUGGCUGGACCUGGACCUGCAGUUUGACUGUGUGCAGCCUGAGAACUUCCCCUGCCUCAUGGGGUACGACUCCCCGACGGGACAGGACUACAUCCACUCAUCGUUCCCCUAUCAGUUUGAUGGACACCAGGUCCACGUGUAAACUGCUGCCAUGUGUUGGAUAAUCAGUCAUUUUGUUGAUUGUGAGUUCCUCCAGUCUAGGAGACAGUAAAUACAUAUGUAUUACAUUAUUUUAUUUUUUUCAGUAUUUGUGUGACAUUCAAAAAUGUGUUUUGGUUUUGAAAAAUGUUGAGCAGCUUUUUGUUCAAAGUAUAGCAAUAGUGUCAUUAUGAUGACUGGCAAUUUUAUCAGUUAUUUUUGAUACGGCCCCUAAAAUGUUGUGCAAUUUUCAGUUGAUUCUGAGAAAAUCAUUGUGAUCUUUGUUACAUAGUUUGAGUCAACAUGUGACUAUAUUGACAAAGUGUUAAGUACACGUUUGUAGAGUUGGAAGAUAUGUUAUU